AUGUUUACUUCGACUACGUACACGAUCCACACCUGUUCGACUCGCGUGACGCUCACGGCUACGCCUCUCGGUGACGGGCACCCCGUCGAAAGGCAAGCAGGCCAGCGACUCCCCUCUGCCCUCCUCCUCGUCGAGUUCACGACACAUGCGUCCCUCGUUGGUCGUCGCUGCAGCGCUCGUGUUCACCGCUGCGAUAGCGGAUACAAGGCGCAGCACAACAACAACAAGUCGCACGUCGAGAACCACUGCUCGAACCGUCAAAACAUCGGGGACGACAGGGAAUAUACCGACAGUGACGGUGGGCGCACCAGUGACCAACAAUGCACCGUCCACCGGCAAGUCGAGCAGACGUACCUCCUCAACGAGGAGAACAACAACGACACGGACGUCGACGUCAACAACACGAAACUCGACCAGCACAACAUUCCCGCCGGCAUCGGGAACCGAAGGUGGUAUCAAAACAUCAACAACAGCACUACCAACAUCAUCUACAUCUACAUCUACAUGUGCAUCACGACCAGGCGAAACAGGCAGGCCGUUGCGCUGGGGCUCGUGUUUGGCAGUAUCGCCCUGGCACUCUUGUUUGUGGCGCUGUAUGCGCUCUUUGGCGACCGGUACCGCGUGCGAAAAGCACCCCAGCCCCGACCACCUGGAGCACGGAACCGUGCGUGGCAAGAGUUCAAGGCGGACAUGACUCCCGCGUCGAGACGUCCGCCACCGGUCCCGCCCAAGGACUAUCCCCCCAUCCACACCAUCACCACCACGACAACGACGACCACGCCGGCCUCGACGUUCGGCACGACCGCAGGCAUGACUGCGGGGAUUGCGGCGCUGGGCGCUGGCGCCGGGCACCUGGCCCACCGCGCGCGGUCGAGCAUCGCGGGAAUCGCCAGCAUCCUGGGCCGCAAGGACGCCAGCCACAGCAGCGACAGCGACUUUUCCGACGUCGACGCCGCCAACGCCAACGCCGCUGCGCAAGCCGACGCAGACGUGUCGGGCGACACGUCGUCGGAUCUCUGGGGCGUGGGGUUCCCGCAGUACGAGCACGACCACGAGCAUGAGAGCGGGAUGCGGCCCAUGUCGGGCGAGAGCGCCGUGGCGGGUGCCGGCGCCGAGGGGAGCCGGAGCCCGACACAGGGUGCCACGCUCAGUGACAGUCGGCGGAGUAGUCUCGAGUCUGUCCCGCUCGAGCCCGUCGGGCCUCUCGAUCCACUGUCGUUGCCUGAGAUCAAGCCGCUUUGGCUUCCUUGGCCGCAGAGCAUGAGCAUGCGCCGCCCGAGCGAUACACCGCCCCGUAUUGGAGACAGUGGGAAGGGCAGCGACCAAGAUAUUGGUACCGCAGCCGAUGCAGGCGGGAAUGGUGAUUCGGGGCCCUCAAGUGGGACUAAGUAA